ACACACACACACACACACACACACAGCUGACUUGGCAGCUGCAAGUUGGAGCUGAGGAUCUCAGGAUGCCUGCUCAGCAGGUUUCUACUUCAAGUGCCUGCAUGUCUGAGGCUGAGUAUGAAGCCUCCAGCGUGGUUGGAGUUAAUUCCCAUUAGGUUGGACUCCGCCCCUCUCUCCCAAAGGUGAAGCAAGGUUUUCAGACAUCACUGCAAAGAGCAGCUGGGAUUCCCAUCCUUGUCUGACAAGCUGUGAGAAGUUCUUUCUUAGAUCUGAGCCUGAAGAGAGGGAACAAGUCAGUCAGCGUCCGUGGUCAGAAGAGAACCCUGAGAUCAUGAGGAGCAGCCUGACCCUGGUGGGGACCCUCUGGGCCUUCCUGUCCCUUGUUACUGCUGUGGCCAGUUCUACCAGUUACUUCCUGCCUUACUGGCUCUUUGGGUCUCAGCUAGGGAAGCCAGUAUCCUUCAGCACAUUCCGGAGAUGCAACUAUCCUGUGCGGGGAGAGGGGCACAGUCUGAUCAUGGUAGAAGAAUGUGGGCGCUAUGCCAGCUUCAGUGCCAUUCCAAGUCUUGCCUGGCAGAUGUGCACAGUGGUUACAGGUGCCGGCUGUGCUCUGCUGCUCCUGGUGGCACUGGCUGCUGUCUUGGGCUGCUGCAUGGAGGAACUCAUCUCCAGAAUGAUGGGACGUUGCAUGGGAGCAGCACAGUUUGUGGGAGGACUACUGAUUAGCUCAGGCUGUGCAUUAUACCCUUUGGGAUGGAACAGCCCGGAGAUAAUGCAAACAUGUGGGAAUGUCUCCAAUCAAUUUCAGUUAGGUACCUGUCGGCUUGGCUGGGCCUAUUACUGUGCUGGAGGUGGAGCAGCUGCAGCCAUGUUGAUCUGUACCUGGCUCUCUUGCUUUGCUGGAAGAAACCCUAAGCCUGUCGUGUUGGUAGAGAGCAUCAUAAGAAAUACCAAUUCUUAUGCUAUGGAGCUUGACCAUUGUCUCAAAUCUUGAGCUUUUGAAUAAAAUUGAUUAGUGAGGGUGGGAGAGGGGAUAAAAGGCAGCCUUGAAAAGAGGUACUAAGCCUUGCCAGUUGGCACCCACCUACCAGUAGUUUAGCAUAGAGUUUGCAUGCUUUUUAACCACCUAUUAUAAAGUUUCUCUUCCCCAUAAACCAGUAGGUUAGUGCUAUUUUAAAAAUUCAUCUAGAACAAUGACUCUCUCAAACAACAAGAAUUUCUUCUGACCCUAAUACCCAACAUGCUACUUUAUGAAAAAUAAGA